GGAUGACGGAUGAUGGAGAGGAGCUUUGAUGUCAAGCAGCAGCUCUGUCGCGUAUAAAACGAGAGAAUCCCGAGCUCCAGUUCUGGAUUCAGUCUAUUACUCGACACCAAUUGCAUUUACAAGUACCUAACUUUGCAAUCGAAAGUCAAGAUUCUCCUGUCUAAGACUGCGCAAUACCACAACUCAGCAAAACAACUCUCCCAACGAAUCCAAAAUGCCCGAGCGCGGUCAAUCGCCUCCUCCCGAGCGGUCCACGGGAAAGCAGAUGCAUGAUGCACCUGCGUCCGGCAAAGGAACCGAUGACGCCACGAACAAAGAGGACGUUAACAAGAAGGCCCUCGAGCAUUUGACAUCCAACCCCAAGGGACCGAUGGAAGAUGAAGUCGAAAAAAAGUUUGAGAAGGGGUUCCACCCAAGUACUUGAUUUGAGGCUGCGGUGGUAGUCCUGUAAGCGUCGUGUUGAACUUUCUUCUGUUAGUGAUAGCGCUUGACAGCAAAGCAUGAGUUUCCAUCCAUAGCAUGUCACAAUUGAACGCCGUUUAAGAAGCAGUGUAAAACAUUUCCUAGUAACCUCAUAAUGCCUUGUAAUGAACGCGUCCUUAGGUAGGCUUGACAUUUUCCGCCUUUGGUCAGUCGUCAUCUCCUG